AUGUCCCAGAGUCCCGCUGAAUGCCAGGUCGCGGGCGACCCUUUCAACAAGCCUAAUGCCGACAUCGCCUUGCAGACGUCGGACGAUGUCCACUUUUACGUGCACUUGGUCGUCCUCGGACUGACAUCCGGCUUUUUCGAGGGGAUGGAGAAGCUUCCCCAGCCCGCCGGCGGCAGCGAGCGGGCCAUCAUCAAGGUCUCCGAAGACAGCGCGACGCUGGAUGCCCUCCUUCGCUUCAUGUAUCCCUGCGACAAUCCGGUGAUAGACGAUGUCAUGCGGAUUGGAGACAUACUGCGGGCUGCGGUCAAAUACCAAGUAGACGACGCCGUCAAGCACUUGAAGAGACAGCUUUCGAUGUUUGAAGACCCGCUCCGCGUCUUCACCGUCGCGUGCCUCGCCGAUCUCGAGGACCUGGCAUACCAGACCGCCAUCGAGUGGUGUCAAGACGGCGCAUUCGACCUCGAGGACACGUAUGUACAGGAGAUGGAGGCUCUUCCAGCUGGGACGUACUUCCGUCUCCUUCACUUCUGUGACGCUUUCAACCGAGGAGACGAGAUCGCGGAGCAUUAUUGCUUCACGCAGCCGCCUAGUGCCUCUGCCAGCCCUUCGGAGCCGUCGGAGACCUUCAUCGUGCCCUCCCCAUUUGAUCGACCAUCCGCACAUGCAAAUAUCAUCGUACGCUCGGGCGACACAGUCAACUUCUACGUAAACGAAGUCAUUCUUACCCAGUUCCCGAGCAAGCUGGCGGUUCUCUUGCACGACGCCCGCAACAGCAGUCGUAAAUCGCACGAUGGCUACCACGUCCUGGAUCUCCCUGAGGACGCGGCUUUCCUCCUUCCUCUACUCCAGCUCACCUAUCCGGGACCAAGCCCUCAUUUACGUGACUGGCAAGUGCUCACCGCCGUCCUCGAGACAGCAUACAAGUACGAGCUGGUGAGGGCUGCAGAGCUCGCAAAGAGCGCAUGGUCGAAGGAGAUCAAGGCCGAACCUGUGCGGUCGUACUUCGUCGCUGUGGAGCACGGCUGGGAAGCAGAGGCGCGGCUCGCAGCGAAGUGCGCGCUGCUCUGCCCCGAGGACAAGUACUACCCGGAGAUGGAGCUCGUCUCCGCGAGCCAUUACGACCGUUUCCUGCGAUACCGCCAGCGAUGCCGACGGAGCGUCAUCGACGCGCGCCGUGCCUUCAUCGACGACGUGUACAUGCCGGGCUCGUCCAUCGAGCAGAGGGAGGUAUACGACACGUUCUGGCACAAGCACGACUGCUCGAAUAUGUUCCAUUACACGUUGCAUGCUACGUGGGCGCGUGCGGGUGCGACGAGUCCCGGCUUGCGCUCGAGCCUGUGGUCGAUGGCUGGCUCGAUGCCACAGGAGUUCGGGCUUGGAGGCGAAUGGCCGAUGCAUAUGCACCAGCUUAUGUCGUGUUUGAACGCAUGGAACGGGCGCAAUGGAGACCUCCUCGAGCUCAUUCACAACUACGACAAGUGCGGCGGUCAGGCUAUGAACGCUGUCGACCAGUUGGUCCUUGAAGUUUGA